ACCAAUAUGCUUUCAAAAUCCUCUUCAAAUAUUUCUGAACCAAAAAGUCGUAAAACUAGAUUAAGUGCUAGUUGUUCAUCAGAUGCAAUGAUAGGUUCAACAUCAAAUUUAAGUAUAAGUAGUCGCGGUGCUAAACAACGUUCAUAUUCAGCAUCAAAUGUUGAACGUAAAUCAAAUUAUGGUAAUAAUAAUUUAUCAGGAGGCGGUAGCGCUAAUGCUAAAUGUCAUCAACGUUCGGCAACAAUUGAUUGUGGUACAGCAACACGUUAUGCAACAAUUUUAUCAGCUGAAGAAGCUGAUCGUCUUUUAUAUUAUAAACAACAACAUAAACAUGAACAUAAACAUGCAAUAAAACAACGUUCAUUAAAUGGUAAUGGUAAUGGUAGUCAUGGUAAUAAUAAUACAAAUAAUAUUAUAACAUCAUCUCGACAUCAACAUCAUCAUCAUCGGGACAAUAGUGGACAACAUCAACGCCAUCAUCGCCGGGAAAAAACAUUUAAGGUAUGAUUUUUAGAGACGUCAUAAAAUUUAAUUUUUGUGGCGUCGAGAAAUCAAAUAAAAUUAAUUGCAAUAGAACAGGAUAAAAAACCAAAAUUCAAUGAAAUAACUUGUUAAAAGGAAAAAAGAAAACAAAACAAAAAAAAACCAAAAAAAAAAAAGUUAAUUAUAUUAAAAAUAGUAGAAAAGGAUUUAAUAUAAUAUGUAUAUAUAUAGAUACAUAAUACAUUUAUAUAUAUUUACAAAUACACAUUCACACAAAAAUAUAUUAAAUUAUUAUAACACAAGUAUUUAAGAAUAAAGCAAAUUAUAUAGAAAGUUUGUUGCCAAAAUUAUUUUUUUUAAAUUUUAAUUUUUCAAAAUUUUACCAUUUUAUUUUAUAUAUUUAAAAUACUAAAUUAAAUAAAUUAAAUAAGUACUUAACGAAUAUUAAAUUUACAUAACCAUAAUAAAAAAUAUUUUUAAGGUAAUUUUUAUACUUACAUUUAUUUCCGGAGAAUAUAAUAUACUAUUUCAUUCGGUUAGCGCGUAAAUUAACUUUAAAUUAAUUAAAAAAAAAACAAAAUUUUCUAAAAUAAAAUAUUCAAGAAUAUAAUGUGCCAAAUUAAGAAACAAAAAGACACUUUUACGUUUCUUUAUUCAAAAAUUUUCUAUACAAUCAAUCUCAAUCUGCACUACCAAAGGCUUUGUCUUAAUAAAAUCGUUUAUGUUGUAAUAAAUUGCAAAGACUCAUUCUUUUCUAAUCAAAAUUAACUAAUAAAACUUUAUAAUAAAAUUAAACUCUGUACAAUUUAAACUAAAAUCAUAUUUAUUGAAACCAAAAGUAAAAAAAAAAAACAAAAACAGAGAGGGACCCAUUUCAUAAGUUCCUAGUGUGGUAGACAUUAAUUAGAAUUCUUAAAAGAUUUAGAGUAUUAGAACUGAUAAAAUAAGACUUUUUUUUAAAUACAUUCCAGGAAAAAAAAAACCUUCUAUUAAAUUUCCAUUCCUUUUUUUUUUUUUUGUUCUUUUGGAUUCUUUGCAAACAAACUUUCUAUGAAUUAUGUUUUAAAAUUUUUAAUAGAAAACAAAUAUUUUUAGUUUGUUAAUUCAUUAUUUUCUUUUCAAAUUAACUCUAGAAUAGAAAACAUCACUCCAAAAUUAGACUUGCAUUUAUAUUAAGUAACACAAAAAUAUACAUAUAUAUAAA